UAGAAGACGAGCAGUCGGCGGCGGGCGACUUUGUGCGCGGGCUUCGAGCCGAGAUCGGACGAGGAGGAAAGGGCUUCGAUGUUUCCCUUCACCAACGUCCUAACAACCCUGUCCUCCCUCCCCGCUAGCACAACUCCGGAUACCACGACAGCACUGCUAUUCCCGAGCUUCAAGCGCAUCCCCGCGAUUCCGAACACGCGCGACGCCUACGCUGCCUUUGCAACCGCCUACCUCAAAGCGCGCACCCUGCACCCCGCACACGCCGGCCUGAACCCAGACCAGCAAGCCGCGCUGACCCGCGACGAGAGCUUCGCCACACGCCUCCCACCCGCAGAGCCCAUAGCCAAGCCCACGGUCCUGAUCUGCGGCCACGGCGGGCGCGACAAGCGCUGCGGGGUCCUCGGGCCGCUUCUGCAGGCGCGAUUCCGGCAGGCGUUCGCCGAGAGGGGGAUUGAUGCAGAGGUCGGGCUGAUCAGCCACGUUGGCGGACACAAGUACGCGGGGAACGUGAUUGUGUACUUGCCGCCUGGGCUGGAAGGGAACGCGUGGGCGGGGAGUGGGAUAUGGUAUGGGCGCGUUGGGCCGGAUAACGCAGAGGACAUUGUGGCGAAGACGGUUGUGCGUGGGGAGGUUAUUUUUGAGUUGCUGAGAGGGGGGAUUGCACGGGAUGGGAGAGACAUUGCGAGGAUGCUGGAGCCCGCCAAGGAACAAGAGGGGCUGAAGCUGAGGCCGAAGGCGAGGGCGAGGGGCUAGGUGCCGGUGGCGUGCGAAUGUUGCGAGGACGGUGGAGCCGGUGAGGGAGAGGGGGACGGGAGAGUGAGGUGUAAGAUGGGCAUGUGACGGUGCCGGCGUUGUGGGGAGGCACCGCGGCGUGGAAGAGUAUUGCAUCACAGCGAGAUACCACUCCGUCUACAUUUGCGACUACAUUUGCGACUAGACUAAACCGCAUAUUUGUACAACAGAUACAUAUAGCUACAACAUAAUAUACAACUCAACAACA